GGAUACCGCGUGCGAGUGAUGUGGAUUAUGAUUAUUAUUAUUAUUUUUUUUUUGUAGAUUAUCAGGCUCAGUCCUCGUUAACUUAUAAAUAAAUACAUUUAAAAUUAAAUACAUUUAUGCAUAUAGCAGACGCUUUUAUCGAAAGCGACUUACAGUGCAUUCAGGCUAACAUUUUUUACCUAACGUGUGUUCCCUGGGAAUCGAACCCCCAACCUUCCGCUGCUAACGCAAUGCUCUACCUCUUGAGAAGGGUACAUAUUCUCCAAAAAUGCACAUAUUGUUUCCAGAAGAAAGCACAGAUAUUGAACGUGAAUAAAUGUUUAGAGGCUGAAAGUCAGUUGUAGUAUAUGUUUCUCACCUCUAGGAGGAACCACGCUUUCAUUUAUGAGGUGAGCCAUCAUUACAGAUGAAUUUAUAUAUUGUAAUAGAGCAUGGGUUCCGUAGCCUUUUAAAAUCUCUUCUCUUCAGGUUUUUAUUAUUAUAUUUUUUUUACACUGCAGAUUCAAAGUAAAAUAUAUAUUUCAGGUGAAUUCCUCUUCCUGUUUAAUACUUUGUCUGAGCUAUAUUUUUUGUGUGUGACGAACCUCGUAAUUUUAGCAAAACGCCACAGAAACCUUUUUUCAUCUUUAAUUUUAUUUCUAUUUUUAUUUUACGAGGUUAACAUAUUAUGAACGGUUAACGUAACAAAAAAUUAAAUGAUGUAUCCUAGAUUGUGUGCAUUGCAUAAUUUUUAAACAAAAAUCCUCAGUAGAUAAAACACAAAUAGAAUGAACUCAACUUAGCGGAGCUACAUUCUAUUGUGACAUCAUAAUAGCCCUUACACGUAACUAAGAAUCCUGAUGAAAAGAGCUUCAUUUGGUAUCUGACUGUUGUGAUUGCUGCUUGCUUAUCGCUCAUUCAAGCCAGUUUUUUUGCUGUUGUUGAGAUAAUCUUCACUCCAGCAUUUCAACAUGUGGUGCAGAGACAGAAAUACUCUCCAGAGUAAAUCUAUACUAUGCCUAGGUGAACAGAUUUUUGGCAGACCUCCCUUUUUUCCUGAGACUGGAAAAAAGAAGCCAGUUUCAGGUGAACGUCCUCCAGGACGUCACGGGCCAAGACCUCCUACCUAUUUAAUGGAUGUGGCAGAGAGAAAUAUCACAGAAUCUUCGUGUGAGUCUGAUCUAAAAGCUAAAGCUCACCCUUCCUCACCCCGACUGCCUCUUGCAAGUCAAUUAGCAAGGAUGGACAAACAACCAUCUCUGCAUGAAUGCCCUGUUGCUGUGUCCAUGAACAUGCCUGUUCUAGAACCAGCCCAUUUUCUUGUGAAACCUCUAGUUGGACAGAACAAGUCAGCUGGAGGUUUCUUCCUGCCAAAAGCUGAAGAGAAGACAUCAGUUUCAGGAGAAAGACCUCUGGGGCGUCGAGGGCCCAGACCUACUAACCAUUCAAUGGGAAUGGCAAAGAGAAACGUCAAUGACCCUUUAUGUGAGUCUGAUCUGAAAACUACCGAUCACUUCUCCUUACCCCAGCUAACCAGUUUUGCAAGUCGACCAGUGAGGGAGGACAAACGUACGUCUCUGCGUGAACACCCCUCUGCUGUGUCCACAAAAAUGACUGUUCUGGAACCAAACCGUGUUCCUGUGAAACCUCUAGUUGGACAGAACAAGUCAGCUGGACAUUUCUUCCUGCCAGAAGCUGAAGAGAAGACAUCAGUUUCAGGUGAAAGACCUCUUGGGCGUCGAGGGCCCAGACCUACUAACCAUUCAAUGGGCAUGGUAAAGAGAAAUGACAUUGAAACUUUAUGUGAGUCUGACCGGAAAACUACCGCUCACCUCUCCUUACCCCGGCUGCCCAGUUUUGCGAGUCGAACAGUGAGGGAAGACAAACGGUACAUUUGACGAUGAGGAUGUCAAGAUGAAGAGGGCUACUCACCAAAACGAUUACCCUCUUUGGACAGAAGUUUUGAAAAAAAGCUAGAUACACCGCUUGAACCCGUUUUACACCUCAGACCCUGCCUUUGAAUUUAUAGAGCAUCCACAUACGAAGA